CCUCGCGAGCAGGCGGGGCGACCCUGUCCUCUGAGGACCUCCCUGUGCUCUGCAAAGGCACCCCAUGAGGUAGGCUACUCUUGAAAAAUGGCCGCAGAAACUGCAAGGGAGGCAGGAGUGUGGAGACAAACCAAAGCUCUUUUAUUCAAGAACUACCUUGUUAAAUGCAGGACUAAGAAGAGUAGUAUGCAGGAAAUCCUUUUUCCACUAUUGUUUCUAUUUUGGCUUAUAUUAAUGAGCAUGAUGCAUCCAAAUAGGAAGUUUGACGAGGUGCCCAACACUGAUCUUGGUACUUUAGAUCGCUCCAUGCUCUUGGACUUCAUUCUUGGAUACACACCAGUGACAAACAUGACAAGAAAAAUCAUGCAGAAAGUGUCUUUUGAAUACUUUGAAGAUGCUGUAAUUACAGAAGAAUUUUUCAGUGAAAAAGAAUUGCAAGAGGCUAGUACUGUUAACCCCUCAAACUUCGUUGGUGUAGUUUUCAAAGAUUCGAUGUCCUACCAGCUUAGAUUCUUUCCUGUUGCUGUCACGGUGUCUUCUAUCAAUGUAGAAUCAAGAGCCAGUUGUUCCAGUUUAUCAAAGGGAUGUGAAUCUGUUACCUACUGGCGCUCAGGAUUUGCAGCUCUACAAGCUUGUAUUGAUGCAGCAAUAAUACAGCUGAAGACUAAUCAUUCAGUUUGGGAAGAACUGGAAUCGACUAAAGCUGUUAUUAUGGGAGAGGCUGCUGCUAAGAAAAUCAGUUAUUUUCCUCGAGCAGUUAUUUUAAUUUACCUGGUAAUAGCUUUCUCACCCUUUGGGUACUAUUUGGCAAUUCAUAUUGUGGCAGAAAAGGAGAAGAAGUUGAAGGACUUUUUAAAGAUAAUGGGGCUUCAUGACACCGCCUUUUGGCUAUCUUGGGUUCUGCUCUACACAACUCUGAUUUUUGUCAUGUCCAUUCUCAUGGCAGUCAUUGCAACAGCCUCAUCACUAUUUCCCCAAAGUAGCUCCUUUGUGAUAUUUCUUCUUUUUUUCCUGUAUGGAAUAUCCUCAGUUUUCUUUGCUUUCAUGCUGACUCCUCUAUUUAAAAAAUCAAAGCAUGUGGGUAUAGUUGAAUUUUUGGCAACACUGGCUUUUGGUUUUGUGGGUCUCACUGUUGUCCUGUUGGAUGAUUUUCCGAAGUCUUUUGUAUGGAUUCUAAGCCCCUCGUGUCAGUGUACGUUCUUGAUUGGGAUUGCACAGGUCAUGUAUCUGGAAGAUUAUGAAGAUGGUGCAAUAUUUUCAAAUAUAAAUCAUGGCCCUUAUCCACUAGUUAUUUCUCUUAUUUUACUGGUUCUGGAUAGCAUGUUUUACCUACUUCUAGCUGUCUAUCUUGAUCAGGUCAUUCCAGGUGAGUUUGGAUUACGACGGACAUCAUUUUUCUUUAUGAAGCCCUCAUUUUGGUCAAAACGUAGAAGAAAUUACAAGGAGUUAUAUGAGAGUAGUGUUAAUGGACUCUUAAGUUUCAGUGAGAUGGUUGAACCUGUAUCUUCAGAAUUUCAGGGAAAAGAAGCUAUCAGAAUCAGCUGUGUUCAGAAAACAUUUAGAAAAAAGGGUGAAACUGUGGAGGCUCUCAGAAGUUUAUCCUUUGACAUAUAUGAGGGUCAGAUUACAGCUUUACUUGGGCAUAGUGGAACAGGCAAGACAACACUGAUGAACAUUCUUUGUGGACUCUGCCCACCUUCUGAUGGGUUUGCAUCUGUCUAUGGACACAGAAUCUCUGAAAUUGAUGAAAUGCUCAAUGUACGAAAGAUAACGGGGUUUUGUCCACAACUAGAUAUACAUUUUGAUGUAUUAACUGUGGAAGAGAAUUUAUCAAUAUUUGCUCAUAUUAAAGGGAUACCUCCCAAUGCUCUGAUACAAGAGGUGCAGAAAGUGAUGAAUGAUUUGGAUAUGCAGCCCAUCCGAGAUAACCAAGCUAAAAAAUUAAGUGGAGGGCAGAAGAGAAAGCUGUCGAUAGGAAUCGCUGUUCUUGGGAGCCCAAAGGUUUUACUCUUGGAUGAACCAACUGCUGGUAUGGACCCAUGUUCUCGGCACAUUGUUUGGAAUCUCCUGAAAAACAGACAAGCCAAUCGGGUAACAGUAUUCAGUACUCAUUUCAUGGAUGAGGCAGAUAUUCUUGCUGAUCGAAAAGCUGUGAUUUCUCAAGGAACGCUGAAAUGUGUUGGCUCGUCUCUCUUCCUCAAAACCAAAUGGGGAAUUGGCUACCGCUUGAGCAUGCAUAUAGAUGGGUAUUGCAAUACAGAAGCUACAACAGCCUUGAUCAUACAGCAUAUCCCUGGAGCCAGCUUGGUACAACAGAAUGAACAGCAGCUUGUGUAUACCUUACCUUUUAAAGACGUGGACAAGUUUUCAGGAUUGUUUUCUGAUCUAGACACUCAUUCACAUUUGGGUGUUAUUACUUACGGAGUUUCCAUGACAACAUUGGAGGAUGUGUUCCUGAAGCUGGAAAUUGAAGCAGAAAUUGAUCAAGCAGAUUAUAGCAUAUUUAAUUCCCAGUCAGCAGGCGAGGAAAUGGAUACAAAAUGGCUUGAUGAGAUGGAACAAAGCCUACUGAUACUCUCUGAGACAAAAUCAUCUGCAGUAAGCAAUACAGCUCUCUGGAAAGAGCAGGUCUCUACUAUAGCAAAGGUUCACUUCCUUAACUUAAGGCGUGAAAAUAAGUCAUUGGGACUUAUGUUGUUGCUUUUUUUAGUGUUCCUUGUCAUUCAGAUUUUAAUGUUUCUUAUACAUCACUACUUUAAAAAUCCUAUGGUUCCCAUCAAGCUUUCCCCAGAUUUGUACUUGCUGAAGCCUGGAGAAAAAUACUACAAGUACAAAACAAGUCUCCUCCUUCAGAACUCCACAGGAUCAGCUAUUGAUGAUCUCAUUGGUGCUCUCAGAAGCCAGCAGAUAUUGACUGAGAUGUUCAAUGAAAGUGAUUACAUGUCAGCUGCACCCCACAGUGCAGCUUUAAAUGUGUCGCUUUCAGAAAAGAGCUACAUCUUUACAGCUGUAUUCAACAGUACUAUGGUGCACGCUCUGCCUGUUUUGAUGAACAUCAUUAGCAACCUGUUUCUCCACAAUUUAAAUGUGACUGAGAAUAUUCAAAUCUGGAGUAACCCAUUCAUUCAAGAAAUUGAUGACACAGUUUUCAGACUGGAGGAUUUUUUUCAAGUGAUGUUACUAGGAAUCAUUGUAACGGGGGUACCACCAUAUUUUGCCAUGGAAAAUGCAGAAAACCAUAAGAUCAAAGCUUACACUCAACUUAAGAUCUCAGGUCUUUAUCCAUCUGCUUACUGGAGUGGACAAGCAGUCAUUGACUUUCCUUUAUUUUUCAUUAGUGUUGUUCUGAUGAUAGGAAGCUUAUUUGCAUUUCAUCGUGGUGUUUAUUUUGAUACUUGGAAGUUCCUUGCUAUUAUCUUCUGCCUUAUUGGCUAUGUACCAUCAGUAGUGCUGUUCACUUACGUGCUCUCUUUCACCUUUAAAAAAGUGCAAAAUGCCAAAGAAUUUUGGUCGUUUAUUUUUUCAAUGGCUGCUUUGAUCUCUACUGUUGUCACUGAAGUGGCAUUCUUUAUGAAAUAUUUCAUGGUAACCACCAUUUUUCAUUAUGUGUUCUGUGCCUUCAUACCAAUCUAUCCUCUUAUUGGAUGCCUGAUUAGUUUUAUAAAGGUAUCACGGAAACACCUACAAAAGAAUGAAAAAUACCAUGAGCCCUGGGACAAACUCUUGGUAGCAGUUAUCGCGCCUUAUUUGCAAUGUGUAGUGUGGCUGUUCCUCCUGCGAUAUCUUGAAGUGAAAAAUGGAGGUAAAUCGAUAAGAGAAGACCCAUUUUUCAGAACUUCUACAAAGAUCAAAACAUGGAAAUUUCGAGAUGAUCCACAUAAUGAGAAUGAGGAUGAAGAUGUAAAGGCAGAGAGAUUGUGGGUCAAAGAAAUGGCAACCUGCCAGAGCUGUGAUGAGAAACCAGCAAUUCUGGUCAACAGUCUGCAUAAAGAAUAUGAUGAAAGGAAAGAUUUUCUUCUUGGGAGAAAAAUAAAGAAAGUGGCAACUAAACACGUCUCUUUUUGCGUAAAAAAAGGAGAAAUACUUGGAUUGCUAGGACCAAAUGGAGCUGGGAAAAGCACCCUGAUUAAUAUGCUGGUGGGAGACGUUGAACCAACUGCUGGCCAGGUGCUGAUAGGAGACUAUUCUUUAGGAUUGAAUAGUGAGGAUAAUUCUGCUAAAUUUGUGGGAUAUUGUCCUCAGAUAAAUCCACUAUGGCCAGAUAUUACAUUGCAGGAGCAUUUUGAAAUAUAUGGAUCUAUCAAAGGAAUGAGUAAAACUGAUGUGGAAGAAAUCAUAAAACGCAUUGCAAGGGCCCUUGAAUUGAAAACCCAUCUACAGAAAAUGACAAAGAAAUUAGCAGUCGGAAUUAAGCGCAAGUUAUGUUUUGCGCUAAGUAUGCUGGGUAAUCCCCAGAUUACAUUGCUAGACGAACCAUCUACUGGUAUGGAUCCUAAAGCGAAACAGCACAUUUGGAUGGCAAUUCGAGCAGCAUUUAAAAGCAAAGAGAGAGCAGCUAUUUUGACCACUCAUUAUAUGGAAGAGGCUGAAGCUGUGUGUGAUCGAGUUGCAGUCAUGGUGUCUGGACAGUUAAGGUGUAUUGGUUCAGUUCAGCAUCUAAAAAGUAAAUUUGGCAGAGGCUAUUUCUUGGAAAUGAAAUUAAAAGAAACAGCAGACGUACAACAGGUGGAGUUCCUUCGCAGGCAAAUUUUGCACAUCUUCCCAAAUGCAUCUCAUCAGGAAAGUUUUGCCUCUAUUUUGGCAUAUAAAAUUCCUAAGGAAGAUGUACAGUCGCUCUCUCAGUCUUUUUUGAAACUGGAAGAAGCAAAACAUGCCUUUAAUAUCGAAGAGUACAACUUUUCUCAAGCAACCCUGGAACAGGUUUUUAUGGAACUUGCUAAAGAACAAGAAGAGGAAGAUAACAGUUUUGGAACCUUAAACAGCACGCUUUGGUGGGAAAGAAGACAGGAAGAUAGAGUCAUUUUCUGAGCUCUUUAAAUACUGUAGGAGUCAAUAGAUGUGCACUGCAGUUCACAUUUGUCUGACUCGUUUGUUUGUUUGUUUCUUGUAAUGUGUGCUGAGUACUAAGAAAGCAAUUGAGAUUGAGAAAAAUAUCUGACUUGGAAAAACAAAAAUAAUAUUUGGAAACUUUGAGCAUAUUUCCCCUUCCUGGCCUUAUCCAUCGAUAUUGUGCAAGUGUGGGAGUGCCUUUAUUUGUGAGGACUCUCAUUGCUAGCAUAUAAUUUGUCUGUUUUUUAAAAUUUCUGAUCCACUCGCCUUACUCUGUCCUGUUUGGAAGCGAAAUGGUAAAUAACAAUUUAGUUCUUUAUAAUUUCCUGUUUGUUUUGGUCAGUCUGUUCUCUGUGCUUCUAGAAAUUCCAACCUUGAGCUUGUUCAGCUAUUCAGUAUGUAAUGUCAGUAUAUAAUUGAUCAACUCCAGGAUCCAACUUCUGCCUUGCUUAUCUUUCAAGAGGCAGCUUCCACCAAAGGCAGAGGUCCACAAAACCAGGACAACAGCACUGGAAAAGAGUCACAAAAACAGAAGUCAGCAAUGAGGAUAUAGCAAUGCUAGAAGUCAAUGACUUGUCUGAGUUGGAGUAAACAUGUAGCUAUAAGGUAGAUGUUCAAAGAAGGUCAAUUUUGAGUUCUAACUGCCUGAUAAUGUUCUGCUAAGCUUUAUUAUCACAUCCUCUGCAUAAAAUUCCAUGUAGCAUACGUUGCUCUACAGACUUAACUGCCUGAUUCCAGGAUUCAUCAUGGAAUAUGAUGCUGGUUAGUUCAGCCUAAAUUGUUUAUAUGAUACCAAAUACCAAUACCUAAAAUUCUGUUAACCUGUAGGCUGUCUUUAAAUUCCCAUUGGAUCCUGCUGAUCAAAAUCCUGAUACUCCUGUUUGGUAUGUACAUUUCAGGUCAACUCUCCUUAUCCAAAAUAAUCAAUAUAGUACAACAGUGCCUCUAUUAUGGAUCCUGCUCCAUCACCAUUCAUCACUAAAUAGGGCCCUAACUUAUAUAAUAAACUUAGCUUGGGAUCCACUCAACAUAAAAGUAUUUACACGUUAGUAUAAUAUGGCACGUGGUUAAUCGUUAUGUACCUUUUUAAUGUAAAUUAGCAGGUGUAACUCUAAUCAAGUUACCUUUGCAGGUUGCAUAAAAAUGUAUCAUGCAUGCACUUGUAAGUUUAAAUGUGGUUUGCAAAGAUGGAUAGGUUCCUUUCAGUCUCUAUUUGUAAAAGCAUGAACACCAAAUGAAUAUAUCUUUAUGGAAUUUGCAUUAAUGUGAGCAUUUUUAAUUGUAUUCUUUGAUAAAACAACCUGUUUUAUUGAUCACAUGUUCUAACACAUGUGUAAAAGGCAUUUGUUUAGAUGUGUUCAUUUUUUGUGACAGCGAAUUUACAGGCUUAUGCACCAAUACUCUCUAAUAUAUCUUUUUUGUGAUAGUAAUGAGGCAAUACAAUACAUGUCCAGUUCACUGACAGUGCUUUCUUAUUUCUAUCAUGCUCAUUUUCUCUCACCAUAAAUCAAAAAGAGUAAGCUCCAAAUGCAGAUAUUGUCUUGUCUCUAACAAUACUUUUGUUUGCUUUCUGGCAAAAUUGUUCUUUGAGAAGAAAUAAUAAGAGAGCCCAUGCGUGGUUCUACAUCCUCAGAUCUGAGAGCAAAUAUUUAUCCUGUUUGUGGUUUCAAAGAAAAAUAUUUUUGAUUUAAAAUUGAAAGAAUUGAUUAAUCUAAUUGGCUAUUUAAUCUGAACUUUUUAGAAUCAAAAUUCAGGUUUUUGAACAAUCGAUUGCAUUGUAGAAUGUAUUAAUUGAAAUGCAUUGUGCAAAUACUCUGUAUAUCUGAAGACACACGACACAUAAGACAUAUCAGUUAUAUAUGUUUACUUUAAGAUUAGAAAAUUCCUAUAUCUUCCUUUCUGAAAUGUUCAAAACUCGGAAAACUAUGCUGUAAAUCAAAGUUUUAUGCUCCCAAACAUUGUGUCGCAUUGGGCAAUAAUUAAUAUAAAAUUGAUUGCUUAAUUCUGUCUGUGUAGGCUCCCAUUUAUUUCAAUGUAAGUCUUAUAAUUGACAGAGGGGGCAGGAGUGAGCCCAAUAUGUGUAUAGGUUUUGCUUCUUUCUCUGUCCAUCUAGGAUUGCAUGGAAUUAUGUGGAUCUUGUUUUCUUACAUAUUGCACGUGAGCCUGUGAAUCCCACUUAGACCUUGAUACCCUGCAUGGUGCCGCUAUGCUGAGUGGGAAGGGAGAGGGUGCAUUGCCUUUCAGGAGCUGGUAUACAGUCAGUCUGUCCACUUUAAUAAGCCACAUAUAGUGGAACCAUCUUGCACUGAAAUGUGGCGUAAUGUAUAUUGAAAUAGAAUGAUUAUCUGCUGAAUUGUUUUAAGGCACUAACUGGGCCAAAUUCUGUUACACUGAUGGAAUCCUAUUGCUAUUGUUGUAAUGUAUUUAUUUAACAUUUAUAUUGCAGUAGCAUCUAGAGCAGGGGUCGGCAACCUUUCAGAAGUGGUGUGCCGAGUCUUCAUUUAUUCACUCUAAUUUAAGGUUUCGUGUGUCAGAAAUACAUUUUAAUGUUUUUAGAAAGUCUCUCUCUAUAAGUUUAUAAUAUAUAACUAAACUAUUGUUGUAUGUAAAGUAAAUAACGGUUUUGAAAAUGUUUAAGAAGCUUCAUUUAAAAAUAAAUUAAAAUGCAGAGCCACUCCAGACUGGUGGCCAGGACCCAGGCGGUGUGAGUGCCACUAAAAAUCAGCUCACGUGCCGCCUUCAGCACCCGUGCCAUAGGUUGCCUACCCCUGAUCUAGAGACUGAUGCCCAAUUAUGCUGGGUGCUGUACAACUGUAUAGUAAAUGAGCUUACUGCUGACUUAAAUCAGUCGAUUAAAUUGCAGUGACAGAGCAGACAUUUGUUCAAUUUAGUAAGAAAGUUUCUCUGUAUCUAUAACAAAGAUGAGGCUGAGAAUAAUCAUUACCGAGAGCUUGUGUUGAUGUGCUGUCUUUGUCCCAUUUGUUCUACAUAUCUGUUUUACUCUGGUACUUUCUUUAUCACUACAUGAUACCGCAUUACCUCUGACUUCAUAUCUACUGAUAUCAUAUCCCAUUCUUAAACUCUUAGGGUCUGAUCCCAAACCCAUUGAAUCAAUGUACAUAGUAGGAGCCUUUCCAUUGACUUCAGUUUGAUUUAGAUCCUCAGUAAAUGAGUAAUAAUCUGCACUACACAUUCAUUAUGUGAAUAAAAUGUAAUGCUUAUGCCUUAUAUCUUGCCAACAUAGUAUUAUUUUGUUGCUUUUUAUCAUCUUAAAGUAAACCUAUUAUAUAGACUAACUUUACUUAUGUAUAAGCAUUGGGUAGUGUUUGCAGUCUUAUUUGGUUAAUAUGAGAAAUCUGAUGUAGCGUUUCACUUUUUUCACAUUCAAAUACAUUUUGAAAUAAUAAAUCUAGUUAACUCUCACACACCGGCAAAUUCAAUACAUAUCCACUGCCAGUAGCAGAUAUAAUAGCUUCAGAAAAACACAAUUGGCCAAAAGGAUUGAAAAACUUAAAAAUAAUAAUGAAUCUUUUCUUUCUCCAAAAGGUCAUAGAUAAUAGACUUCAGGAGAUCCUCCAUCCUCCUGCCUUUUGGGCAAGUAAGACGUUUGUCUUAUUCCCAGAACCAAAUUUUCUCCAGACGGUACAGGUUAAAUUCCCUUAUCCUUAUCUACAAACUUAUACAUGCUAAUCGUGACUUUCAUGCUCCCUAGAGUUUAACAAUAUUAUUCUUCGGGACAAAGUGCCCCAAACUGUAGAGUACUCCAUCUGGUCUCAUUUUGCCUAGUCUCUAAACUCGUGUCAUUUAGGUCACUUCUGCCUUUCACUGUGUUCACAAUUACUCCCACGUGGUGUCAUCUAUAUUGUUAAUGUACAGUUUGCUCUUUCUUCUGAUGUAUGAAAAUACUGUUUGUGCCAGGUUAGGGCUCUUUAUUAGACUUGAUGUCUCUUUCCAGUUUGAUUCUCUUUCAUGAAUAAUUCCUCUGUUGAGUUAUAACCGUUCAAACAGUUCUGUAUUCUAUCAGAAUAGCCAAGUAACAUUGUUCUGACUUUUCUAAUAGGGUUUGAUUUUCUGAUAGGUUUGUCACUGACUUUUCUAUCAAAGGCUUUAUUAAAAUCUAGGAGAAGUGUGCCCAGAAUUGUUCUCAUCUACACUGCAGUAACCCCAUUGAUGAUUAUUCUGAAUUUACACAGAUAUAAGUGAGAGCAGAAUUUGCCCAAUUAAAUCCACAACAUAUCUGGUGCCUAAUAAAGUUCAAAAACAGAGAAAAUUCUAUGGAAGAUCAAAUAUAUUGAAAUACAAGGAAAGACAAUUGAUAUCAGCUUAAAACUUUAGGACUAAAAUGUUACAUUUGCGCUCUGUGGGUUAUGUUGGUACUUUACUAUAAAUAAUAAACUCAACCCAAACUGUACAUAAUAGAGAAAUAAUACACAACCUCAGAUGACAGUAUAACAGGAAGCCAGGUAGUUGUGGAUUCUUGUUCCAGGACUGACCUUGAUAAUGCUGGGUGACCUUGGGCAAUUAACUUAGUUCCCCGUCUGUAAAAUGAGUAUAAUACUUACCUAUCUCACAGGGAUGUUGUGAGGAUCAGUUAGUAAAAGUGAAUACAAAACUUUGAAGAUAAAAUUGCUUUAGUAGUAUUAAAAGGAUGUAUUUUUGUACUGGAGUUCUAAUAACUCAGAUUUUGCUCACAUCAUGGGAAAUCCUUAUUUAAAACAUAUUGUAGAGUUGCAUAUAGUUUAUCUAUAUGAUAUGUGCUAUAUUUUAUAGCAGGAAUAAUUUUUAUUUAAACAUUGUUAGCAUUCUUUUAAUGCACAUCCUGAUAUUAAUCAUAUGUUUUCUUGGGCUUUUAUGUUUAAUUUUGUACAUAUGUUUAUUUUUCUUUUAUCAUUUUGCUGUAUUUGUAAAACAAUUAGCAAUUCUUUUUGGUUUUCCCAAUAGAAAGUGCUGUUGAAAUAAAGAUGGAUUGGAUUGCUAAUGCUCA